CGGAUAUCGCUGCGGGUUAAAAGUGACAAGGAAUUUAUCUACAGGAAUCUCAAACACAACAUAGCAGUUUUGCUGUCUCUGUCCAGAUAUUUAAGAAGUGGAGCAAGGGAUUCACUCGAUCAUCUGACUGACUGGCAUGCUCGUCAUUUUACACAGCGGGGAGUCCAUUCAUCUGCUCAGACAGUGGGAAUGGAUUCAGUUGGUCAUUUCAACUGAAGGUACAUCAGCAAGUUCACACUGGGACAAGGCCAUUCACCUGUUUUGUGUGUGAGAAGGGAUUCAGUCGGUCUUCCCACCUGUCGACACACCACUCAGUCCACACUGGACGGAGGCUGGUCAUUUGCUGAAUUUGUGGGGAAGGAUUCACUCGGUCAUCUGACUAGCGAGUUCACAUCAGGGAGGGACAAUUCACCUGCUCGGACUGUGGGAACGGAUUCGCUCAGUCAUCCACCCUAAUGGCACAUCAGCGAGUUCACAAUGGAGAGAGGCCGUUCACCUGCUCAGACUGUGGGAAGGGAUUCACUUUCUCAUCUAAACUGAAGGUACAUCAGCGAGUUCACACUGGGGAGAGGCCGUUUACCUGCUCAGACUGUGGGAAGGGAUUCACUCAGUCAUCUAAACUGAAGGUACAUCAGAGAGUUCACACCGGGCAGAGGCCGUUCACCUGCUCGGACUGUGGGAAGGGAUUCUCAGAGUCAUUUCACCUAUUGAGACACCAGUCAGUUCACACCAGAGAGUGGCCAUUCACCUGCUCAGAAUGUGGGAAGGGAUUCACUUGCUCAUCCAAACUGGAGGUACAUCAGGGAGUUCACACUGGGGAGAGGCCAUUCACCUGCUCAUUCUGUGGGAAGGGAUUCACUUUAUCAUCUCAACUACAGAGACACCAGUCAGCCCACACUGGGAAAUGGCCGUUCACCUGCUCAGUCUGUGGGAAGGGAUUCACUUUCUCAUCUCAACUGAAGGUACAUCAGCGAGUUCACACUGGGGAGAGGCCAUUCACCUGCUCAGAGUGUGGGAAAGGAUUCUAUCGGUCAUCCCACCUUCAAGAACACCAGUCAGUUCACACUGGGGAGCGUUCAUUCAUCUGCUCAGUGUGUGGGAAGGGAUUCACUCGGUCAUCUCAACUACAGAGUCACCAGCGAGUUCACAUAGGGAAGAGGCCGAUCACAUGCUCAAACUUUGGAAAGAGAUUCUCUCAGCCAAAUCAACUAAAUGUGCAUCAUUGAGUUCACACUGGGGAGAGGCUGUUCACCUGCUGUGAAUGUUGGAAACAAUUCACUCAGUCAUCUAACCUUAUGUAACUCUCGCUUCGGCUAGCAGCUUAAUAUAAGGGGUGAUAGCCCCCCAGCCCAGCCAAACUUAAGAAAUCUUGUUUGGGUGGAUACUGUGUGAUGUGUCCCCUGUUACAAAUCAGUAUCCCAAAGUAACAAACAGUACACAGUAUGUGAUUAAACUAUUCAGCUUUAUAAUUCUUACUUUGACUAUAGGGUUACGAAAGAAAAUCAAAAAAAAAAGAAAAAGGGCCCACUCUCACCAUUCACGUCUUCUCAUCGCUCCCCAGCAAAAGACCCUGAAAAUCUCUCUUGCAGGCUCACAAGAAAGAACAUUUUUGUCAUUGGAUAGCCCCGCACGCUAAAACCCUGUUAUCUCUAGUUGUAACCUAAACAUUGCUGCUGCAGAGAAACCAUUACCUCAGCAGUGAAACACUGCACAGAGGCCAUUACAUUAGCAGUGAAACUUGCAGCAUGUUACACUUGUGACACACUGCUGGGUUCACACUGGGGAGAAAGUUUCAAUAAGCCGCAUGCAGGGUAUUUGCCCAUUACCAUUGCUGAAUGCAAUUUCGAGAGUGACUGUCGGUGCUGAACUCUGCAAUUAUUGCUGCUGCUCACCACACCCAGUUCUACACCCUGGUCACUGGGCAUGUCCACUUAUGUCAGUCCACUUAUGGACAGGCAUCCUGUGCCUCGUGUCACUUUAUGGACAUACAGUCCAUCUGCAGUGUAUAAGCUGUGGAUAUAUAUUUUUAUUAUUGUGUUUUAUUUUGCUGCACCGGAGCCAGAGUAAUAAUUAUUUUGAUCUAAUUUACACUUGUUCGCUGGAAAUAACAUUAAACAACCUCGAAUCUUGAAUAACCAUUUCCUUAUAUAUUGGAGACUGACCUGUUAGAUACUAUUAUGCGUAUGAACCCUUCGACGAAGGGUUUUAUUGAAAUAAUGUAUGAUUUAUUAUUACAAUGGGAUAAGCGUCCUUUAUCUAAGAUUAAACAGGAUUGGGAAAAGGAACACAAUUUGACUUUUAUGAUGGAGGAUUGGACGCGAAUUUUGAAGUUGGUUAACUCUUUUUCGAUUUGUGCAAGUCAUUCAUUGAUUCAAUUUAAUAUUGUACAUCAUUACCAUUUGACGAAGGAGAGACUCUCUAAAAUAUUUUCUAAUCUUGAUUGUUAGUGUGAUAGAUGUAAAACUGAGAUAGCUACACUGACACAUAUGCUUUGGUCUUGUUGUAUAUUAGAACAGUUCUGGAAGUCAGUUUUUUCAACAAUUUCUAAAGCACUUAAAAUUAAUCUACAACGUAAUAAAUUAAUUGUGCUUUUCGGAAUAAUUCCUCAAAAUAUUCAUGGUAUUUCUGUGUCUGACCAACAUGCUAUUGCAUUUGUUACAUUGAUAGAUAGGAGGGCCAUUUUGUUGAAGUGAAAGGAUACAUCAGCUCCCACUUUGUCACAAUAGUUCUCUCAAGUGAUGCUGUGUCUUAGUUUGGAGAAAAUCAGAGUUGAACCUUUGAAUCGUUAUUUGAUUUUGAGAAAAGAUGGGGCUCAUUUGCUCGUUAUUAUUAUUUGAGCUGAUUGAUAGAUUUUCUCCACGGUCUAAUUGUAAAUUUUUUGGUAUAUUUUUUCUUUCUUGCUGGUGGUUUGAUGUUUAUUUUUUAGAAACCUUUUGUAUGACGCAUGGCUCCGGGGUUGUACACCUCAUGGGGUUUUCCCCCACUUUUUCUGCAUAGUAGGGUUUUUUAUUACAACAAUUUAUUUUCAAUCUU